AUGGCGCCGAAUGGCUACAGGAAGAUCACCUCGACCAAUGAAUUCACUGAGAAAGUUGGUUUUGUCUCUAUCCUUUUGUUUCAAUGGAUGAACGAGGUCAUGAAGACAGGCAAUCAACGAGCCUUGGAGGAAAGCGAUUUUGUACCGCUCUCNUUAAAGUCUACGGAAAUGAAGAGGAAGGACGACCUUAUCCUUGAAGAUGUGGAAUUCAUUGCUGCAUCAGGAACCUUGACAGUUAUCACCGGGCCAGUAGGCAGCGGAAAAUCAACUCUUCUCUUAGCGAUCGCUGGCGAGAUGUCAGACAUAAGUGGAACAAUUAGUCGUCAUGGAACUUUUGUGUACGCGCCGCAAGUAGCCUGGGUGUUCUCUGGAACCUUAAGAGAAAAUAUCUUAUUUGGCGAGUCGUACAAUGAAUCAAGAUACACCAGGGUAAUCGAGGCUUGCGCCCUCACGAAAGACUUUCAGCAGUUUCCGAACGGUGAUGAAACUGUUGUUGGUGAGCGCGGUGCCGUUCUUAGUGGUGGUCAGCGUGCAAGAGUAAAUUUAGCACGCGCCGUGUAUGUGGAUGCAGACCUCUACUUGUUGGACGAUCCUCUCAGUGCUGUGGACUUCAAAGUGGGUCAGCAUAUCUUUGAAAAGUGUAUCAAGGAUGUGCUUGGUAAAAAGACCCGACUUUUAACUUCUCAUCAAGAGCCACACAUGAUAGAUGCUGACCAAGUGAUAAUACUGUAUAAAGGGCGCGUACUGGGGAAGGGGACCUACGUAGAGCUUCAAGAUAAAGGAAUUUUAAAUACCACCAUUUACCCACUGUGCAAAAACACUCUUAUAGAGAAAUUUAAUGGUCUGGAAAUAUCUGUUGAAGAUCGGGCAAUCGGAACGGUGUCAAGUAAGCUUUACUGGGACUACUUCAGAGGUGGCAUUCACCCCUUAUUGAUCAUUGGAGUUGUUAUUCUGUGUCUUAUUACUCAAGCAUCGAUGGUUGCCCCCGACGUUUGGCUGUCGUUUUUGACCAGGAAACGUCCUUCAGAACAGAGAGACAAGACGAAUCUAGCUAUCUAUGGCUGUUUCGUCGCUGCCUCUUUCAUAUUAGGCAUCGUAAGAUGCUACAUUUUAUUUUUAGUUUGUCUAAGAUGCUCCGAACGUCUUCAUGACAAAAUGGUUGUGGCUCUUUUACAAGCACCGGUACUUUUCUUUGACUCAAAUCCUGUGGGUAGAAUUCUGAAUCGAUUCUCUAAAGAUGUCGGCUGCAUGGACGAAUUAUUACCGCUACAGUUUCUAUCUACAGUUCAGCUGGUGCUGCUGUUGUUCUCAUCGGUUAUCGUGCCUUCUGUUACGAAUCCUUGGCUUGUGUUUGUCACCAUUCCAGUGACGGCUAUGAUUCUUUACUUCGCAAGAUUUUAUUUGAAGAGUUCCAGGGAGCUGAAAAGGUUGGAAUCAAUGUGCCGAAGCCCAGUGUUUUCUCACAUAUCAGAGACUCUUGAAGGACUGGACACGAUUCGAACAAGAGGCAGACAGAAGGAUUUCAUUGAGAAGUUUUACAGCCAUCAAGACACUCAUAUCCAGUCUUUUAUCAUGAUGAUGGCGAGUGGCAGAUGGUUUGCUGUUCGUCUGGAUGCGAUCAUUUCUCUAUUAGUCGGCUUAGUGAUUUUAGUGGCAGUUUUGAUAUCGCAAGACGCCGCCUCCGCCGGACUUGCUCUUGCUUAUGUCAUUCAAACAGUGGCUCUGACACAAUACGCUGUCAGAAAAUCGUCAGAUGUCGAGAAUUUUAUGACGUCAGUUGAACGAGUUAUGGCCUACACCAAACUUGACUCAGAGCCUGGGUACAAAGUGGACAGACCUCCUCCAGAACACUGGCCACGUAAAGGAAAUAUCAUAUUUAACGAUGUGUCGCUAACAUAUUACCCGGGGGGUCCACAAGCACUUAAAAGCAUCAAUCUCGGCAUCAAAGGAGGCUCAAAGAUUGGUGUUGUAGGACGCACGGGCGCCGGGAAAUCGUCUUUUGUUUCCGCUCUGCUGCGCAUGCCUGACCCUGAUGGAGAGAUCCUGGUGGAUGGAAUUCAGAUUAAGGAAAUUAAUCUUCAAGCAGCUCGAGGAUCCUCCGCCGGACUUGCUCUUGCUUAUGUCAUUCAAACAGUGGCUCUGACACAAUACGCUGUCAGAAAAUCGUCAGAUGUCGAGAAUUUUAUGACGUCAGUUGAACGAGUUAUGGCCUACACCAAACUUGACUCAGAGCCUGGGUACAAAGUGGACAGACCUCCUCCAGAACACUGGCCACGUAAAGGAAAUAUCAUAUUUAACGAUGUGUCGCUAACAUAUUACCCGGGGGGUCCUCAAGCACUUAAAAGCAUCAAUCUCGGCAUCAAAGGAGGCUCAAAGAUUGGUGUUGUAGGACGCACGGGCGCCGGGAAAUCGUCUUUUGUUUCCGCUCUGCUCCGCAUGCCUGACCCUGAUGGAGAGAUCCUGGUGGAUGGAAUUCAGAUUAAGGAAAUUAAUCUUCAAGCAGCUCGAGGAUGUAUAUCCUCCCUUGGUCAAACUCCGGUGCUUUUUAGUGGUUCGUUGAGGAAAAACCUGGAUAUUGUGCAGCGCUUCCAAGAUGUAGAUCUCUGGCGAGUGUUAGAGGAUGUGCAGCUGAAAGAUUUCGUGGAAAGUCUUGAGGGACAAUUGGAGUACGAAUUAUUGGAAAAUGGAGCAAACGUCAGCAUGGGAGAACGGCAGUUGAUUUGUUUGGCUCGUGUUCUGUUGCAGCAAAACAAGAUCAUCAUCUUGGAUGAACCCACUGCACACGUGGAUCCAGGCACAGAAGAAACAAUCUGGAGAGUGGUGCGAGAGAAGCUGAAGGACUCUACAGUAAUAACUGUGGCUCACCGUCUGAGCACCAUCCAACACUGCGACAAGGUUUUUGUUUUUAAGGAGGGAGGGGUGGUCGAGUCCGGAACUUUUGACGCGUGA